CACAGGUAACAACGUCGCAAAUAAAACGAUUAAUCGGCCCCAGUCUAAGAUUUUUCUUGAUCUUGUUUGACGGAAAUGUCCUGAGUGAACUUGGCAGUCGUUUCCUUGAAAUCCUUCCCGUAUUUGUGGGAAGGGGAAGUGGAAAACAGGAACCAUCGGAAUGGGAAAGGUUGUUUUUCUUUGUUUGACACCUGAAGUUUCCUAUAAUCAACACUGACGUUAGAACUAGACACGAUCGCCAAGAAUCUCAGAUCGUCAGCUCUGCUGUGUGGUAAUGUUAUCAAAGCUCACAGUCAAAUUGUCUACGCAUGUUUUCAUUUUUGUGUCUUAUUAAGUGUUUUGUGUGCUCCCAGGGGAAAUGGCAAGUAUCGGUAUGGCUGUCGUUCUUUGUUUUCGUCAAAUGUCUUGAACCAGUCGGGAGGUUGUACACAAUUCACUGUACCCAGGUACAACUGCCAAAUCACACCAGCACUAUAACAACUGGGCGUUAUUUUAGUGUUUGUGGGCAGGGAAGUAGGCAGGGCCUGUGGUGUUGUUUAUCUUUUACCUGUCUUCGCGGUGAGCCUGGUAUUUCCGCCCACCCCUGCCACAUAUCUGGCCGUCACGUCCACCAGAAGUUAUCGUAUCUUUCUCUCUUAAAUAGCCGAGGCAACGGCUGUUUCAACAUCAAAAGGCAAUUUAGUCAGACAGACAGCGAGAUUCGAUUUUGGAUGUUUUCGUCCCGUGAAAAUAAAGCCAUGAAGUACCGCGAAAGGUUCUACGGAGAAGACGAGGAGUUGUUCAGUUCGGGAAGUCGUCGCCAGCGACAGGACAGCGUGGCCAGGAAACGCCGGGGAAACCUUCCCAAGGAAGCUGUGCAGAUCCUGCGGGCUUGGCUAUACGAUCACCGCUACAACGCCUACCCUACGGAUGCAGAGAAGUUGGAUUUGGCUCGGGAAGCUGGUCUCACUGUGUUGCAGGUUUGUAAUUGGUUCAUCAACGCCAGGCGACGUAUCCUCCCGGACAUGAUCCGGCGGGAUGGUGCCGAUCCAAGCGAGUUCACCAUCUCCCGCCGCACCAGCGCCAAACGUCAGGGCAGUUACGCCGACACGUCCUCCGAGGACGGGCGGUCAAGCCCCGAGACGUCUCCAGAGCCGCCUCCUUACCCGACGUGGAUGCAGGAGAUGCUGGAGGGAAAAAUGAAACAGUACAAGUCGGACGAGGACGUCCCGGGCAGCAUGACGCCCCCUGACUCCCCACACCACCAGUCUCACCCACAGCCACAGCUACGCGCAGAUGACAAUUCCAACUGUCGGGAAGGGUUGCACGAGGCUCUGGUCAGCAGGCUGGCGGAGAAGCUGAGGAGACAAGACCACUGGAUCCACGCGCAGAACGAGGCACCUGUCCUGUCGUCACAAAUACCUGUCAAUCACGCCAGUAGGCUGCCCACCAGCGCCACUCCUCCAGCAUCCCUCAGCUUGUGUCAUGACGUCAUUCGAGCGGACUGUACCACACAGACAUCACCGGUGGACCUGACGACACAAAGAAAAGAAGUCUGCACUUCUUGUAUGCUGGGAGGGAAGUGUCCAUCACACGCCCAGCCUGUCGGACAUGAGUCACAAACGCCACCACCGACACCUCCCGGGGAAGAGGACGACAUGUUCGGGUGCCUGCGCCUUCUGGUGGACGUGGCUGUCAGUCAGAUUCAAGAGCAUGCUGGGAAAAAGAACAACUCUGCUCCCUUUCACAUCACUACCUAGUGCACGGCAGAAACGUGCAGGACAAUGGGCUUUAAUAUAGGAUCGCGCCAAAUUUCGACGGAAGUUGCAUAGACAUUUUUAAAAGGUACGAAAACAAGUUCCAAAGUUGCCACAUCGACUUGGCGCGGUCGUAAACAACGUAGCCCGAAAGACUCUCGCACCUUGGGACCAAAUAGAGAGCAUGUGACGACGCACGCCUUGGAACCUCGCCAGCCCUGCCCCGCUCCGCACACAAGGCAUCCGGGGAGCGGCUUGGGUCAACCACCGGCCAAUAUCAGAUCGAGCGCUGAGUCAAUAAGCAAGUCUCAGACGGGGUCCAGAGGUCGCUCAAUAGUCCAGUAGUUUAACAAAACAACUUUUAAUUGUUUAAACGUUGUCUGUUCUAUACACUAAGUGUACGUUAUUAGUGGCUACUUUGUUUUCUAAGCGGACUAUUUUUUCAUGUUUAUAAUAUGUUGAUUUAUCGCAAUGCUGAAAUGACAAUCGACGGAGUUGUAAAUUUUAGCUUAUACAACUGUACAAAUGUUGACGCUCACCCUGAUUUUUAAAAAAUGUGAAAUUCUAAUGAAAUUUAGAGCGGAGAGUACUACAUGUAGUAUGUUGUAGUAGCGAUGUUCAUUAGUGUCUUCUGUAAAUAUCUUCCCCCAGUUCAGGUUCCAUAGGCUGUGGUGGGGUAGACAUGUAACAUAUGUGGUGAAAAUACACUUUAAAAACACAUGCAUUUGACAGCUUAAUGUUUGAACAUUGUAUCAAGGUCUGUUGACACAUCUAAUCACCCUCCCCCUAGCGUCUAGGUGUGCACUCUUUUGAUGUUUGCCGUUCUACUUUCGUCCGGCUCUGUUUGCACAUUUCACCCGCGUUAGACUGGCGACAGGGUUUCUACUCGUAAACAGUGAGAGCGGGCAAGGUAGCACACCUGCCGAGAACAAAGAACACCUACUACUGUACAAAGCGAACGUUCAUUUAUACCCAGGUGAUUGUGACAUGAGCCUGUACACAAUAUUGCUCCAUGAAAUACGAUGUUAAGGGGAGAGUCAAAUAUAACAUUAAGAAUUCUUGCAUUGUGAAUUUCUCAUUAAAUGGCAGUGGUCGAACCUGAUAUUAACAAAUAUUGAUGAUCUAUCGUGUAUAUGUAUCAGACGAUUGGAAUUUGUAUAGUUGUCGUUUUGGAUUGCUUUCCGAAAUAAAGGAAUGAAUUGAUAUAC